AUGGGAUCAUCUCAGAGCUAUGAAGAAAGCAACCGUUCCGAUGAUCUUCCGAAGGUGAUAAGAAUCGAGCGAAGUGAAAUACCGGAAGAAUAUAGGACAGUUGCGGUAUCACAUGAUGUUGUUGAUCAGAUCCUAAAUUUGGGAAAUCCGGAAAGUGGGAUUGUCAAUGACUUGAGGAGGCAGUUGGCCGAGGAACACCAAGAUAAUCUCAAACUGCGAGAACAAAUAAAAAAUCUUUCAGAAUCAAAGCUUUCAUUGCAAAAAGCUGCAGCCGGAAAAAUCUCAGUAACUGAUUUGCAAGCACGAAAGGAUGCAUUUGAUGAGACAGUGAAACGGAUUGAAAAACAGUACUUCUCUUACCAGCCGGAAAAUGUUUGUAAAACGUUUGAAAAUGAUUUAAUGGAAUGCAUUAUGAAAAAUAAAAACAAAUUACUAAAUUGUACAUCGUUUGCGGUGGAUAUGACGAAAUGUGCCAGUGAUUUCCGAGAAAAAGUUUUGAAAGAAGUGCCACAUUUAUAA